CCUUGAGGACUACCUGCUGGUGGAAGAUGCACCUCUGCUUGAGGAGAUGGCUGAGGAGGAUGAAGAGCUUGACCUGUACAAUGAGAUGACUUUUGGGUUAGACCGAGACUCCACUGAGGAGGACGCUGCAAAAUCUCUGGUGCUUCUGGAGAUGAGCCCUGAGCUUAUCAAAGUGGUGGCUGAAGAGACUGAGGCUGGGGAGGAACUGGGGCCUGGAGUGGCUGAGCAGCUGGAGGAGCUGGGAGAACCCCAGGAGGAAGGUGGAAUGGAGCUGGAGGUUGAGCAGAUCAGCUCUGAGUUGGAGGAAGAGGAGGAGGAGGAGCUGGGAACUGAGGAUCAGGAGGAAAAUCAGGAGCCCAAUGACCUGGGAGACCCAGCAGUGAUGAGAGCUGUGCAGAGCAAGCCCACACUGGAGAGCCAGGACUCAGCGGUGCUGGACAGCAGGAUUGGUGCUUGCUGGGCAGAGUUUGGCGAAGAGGACAUGGAUAAAGCCAUCCUCCAGGUGCUGGAGAGGCCCCCACCAUCCAGCAAUGUGGCCCUUGACUUCCUCAGCUCCCCCGUGCAGAGGGGCUACAGGGGCUCUCCCCGGCUCAAGCGCCCCAACUUAAGGCUUGUGUCCCCCAGGUCCUUCCCCCAGCGCUUUCUCCGGCAGCAGUCGCCUCUGGUGCCCCGCUCCCCUCGGCCCUUCACGCUGCCUCGCAGACCCUCUCCGCUCUUUGCUUCCAACCAGACCACAGGGUAUGGAUCUCUGGCCCCUUUCCAACCCGUGUCACCCACCAUCGGCAGCCCACCGCGGCCUCUCACCAUGCACUUCGGUCCCAUGUCUCCCUCUUUGGACUCUGCCGUCUUCUUCAGCCCGUCGGCCAGUGGCCAGCUGAACCUCAGUGCGCCCAGCCACAUGACCCAGCUGCACCCCCAGCACCAGCGGAUCCUGACCCAGCGGCAGCAGCAGGGCGGGCAGACGCAGAGCAUCUCCCCCAAGAAGUCGUGGUCUCUUAAAGUGGACCCUUAUGCUGGGCUGAUGACUUCCAAGGAGAAGGACUGGGUCAUCAAGGUGGAGAUGAUCCAGCUGCAGAGCGAGAACAUGGAUGAUGACUACUACUACCAGACGUACUACCAUCGGCUGGAGCACAAGCAGGCGGAGGAGGAGCUGUUGGGUGGACGCAACAAGCAGGAGCCCCCCAAGCUGGUCACGCCGUUCAUCCAGAAAGUGGAGACGUAUGACUCUGUGGUGCGCAUUGCGGGCUCGCUGGGCCAGGUCGCAGUGUCCACCUGUUACAGCCCCCGAAGGGCCAUCGAUGCUGUGCACCACGCCCUGGUGGAGGAGGCCACAGGGAGCCACCGGCUUCGAGCGCUGCACAAGAUUGAGAAGCUGUUCCUGCAGCUGCUGGAAGUGGAGGACAUGCAGCGGAAGAUGCCUCUGGCCUCGGAGGAGCAGCAGCCCAGCUGUCAGGAGCAGAAGAACCAAGAAGUGGAUUGUAUCUACCAAGCCUUGAAAAUCAGGGCUUGCAGCAGAGAGGAGGAGGCUGAGGAUGAAUUCCUGCAACUCCUGAGUGUCCAGAAGGGCAAGAAGCUGAUGGCCCGGCUGCUGCCCCACCUGACCCGGGAGCAAGCAGAGCAAAUUCUGCUGACCAUCACCCACCACCUGCCCUUCCUCAUGAAGAAGGACGCAUUGGAUGAGUCUCUCCCCCUGCUCUACAGCCCAUUGAACGAGGUGGUGGGUGGGAUGACCUUCAGCAAAGUCAUCGAGGUCCUGCAGGAGAUGACCAGGCUUCUGCCCGAGUCCCCUGAGCUCCCCCUUGCUAUGGCCUUGAAGAACCAGUUUGGGAUCUCCUUGCUCUACUCCCUGCUGAGCCACGGCGAGGGGCUGCUGUCCUCCGAGCCGCCGCCGGAGCCGCGCGGCGCGGACUUCGAGACGUGGACAGACACGGUGUUCCUGGUGGCCCGGGAGCUGUCGCAAGUGCCCAAGGCCUUGCUGGUGGAGCCUCUCGUUUUGCCCAGCAACCUCCUCUCGCUCUUCUGCCGCUACCUGGACAAGCAGACAGUCCACCACCUGGAGGCCAAGAUGGAGUGCUCCCCGCUGCCCUCGCAGGCCGCCAUGCCGUGCUGAGCCCCGGGGCCAGGCAGGGCCCGGCGCAGUCGGUCGCUUUGGGUUUGGAAACGGACACUUCUCCUGGUGUGGGGCACUCCGGGUGAGCCGGGCACC